UAGUAACUAUACGUUAGUCAAUUGACAGCAUCUACAGUGAUUUAUGAUGAAAGAAAAAGUCAGUUAGUAACUAUACGUUAGUCAAUUGACAGCAUCUACAGUGAUUUAUGAUGAAAGAAAAAGAUAAACUUUUUAAUGAUCGGUCAAGAAUGGUCAAGCGAGGAUGAAGAAGUUGAAGAGAUUUUGGAUGAAAUACCUGCUUCGAACGAAUUCCUUGAUAAUGUUUCUAACCUAAUUGAUAGCCUGAGUCACAUGUCUGAUGUGGAGGUGUCCAAACUUAUAUCGUUUUUUGGAUUCAAAGGCAACUUUGCAGUCAAUAUUCAUCCGAAACGAGUGCUAGAGAAAACUGGUCUAGAUUUUAAAAAGCAUAUUGACUUGGGAUUGUUGAAAACUAGCAUAAUUCUAGACAAGAGUGCUAAAACUAUUGAUGGGAAAAGAGGGACCCAGAGAUUAUUGAGGUUUCCUCUUAGGGUUUCUGGAGAACAUUUAGUUAAGACCUUGACACUAUUGCAACAGAAAGGGACACCAAUCCCAAAUGGUCUGAUUUCCGUUCCCACACAGAUAUCUGAAUCCCUAAAUCUCCAAAUUGAUGAUUCCUUGGUUCCUUUAGACAUUUCCCACCACAGUUUAGGCAUGGUAGGUGACCUUGGGAUACCUAUUGAAACUGCUGCACAGGCGGUAGAUAUGUUAAGUGAUGUGCUCACAUAUCCUGGAUUAGAUGAUACUUAUGAGCCUGUUACUUCAAGAAUAAAUGCAAGCCAAGAUUCUAUUGUUACCUGGGUCGGCUUUCUGUUUAGAUUGUGGCAAGCAAAUAGCAGAGUUAGGCAUACCUAUUGAUCUCCGAGGAUUCUUAAUGUGUGCAGGAUGCAAUGUUAAUUCUUACACUCAAGAAGACCGGGUCAAGAAGACUAAACUGCUUGAUUUUAUUGCAACUAAAAUCACCAUUUUAUCUAAAUCAAUUCCUGAAGUUACAGGAACAGAUAGAAUACUGCGUUCACGUGCAAUGCAAAAUGUAUCUAAUUUUGAGUUCGAUGAUCAAGACAAUACUAAAUGUAACAAGGACACCACAGGCCUUGUUACAAUGAAUACAUAUUCCAGAGGACAUUUUUUUUGUGACCUCUGGUGGAUUUAUUCGCUAUUGGUCACCAUUAUACCGUUCUGAAUCAACCUCUCAAGUUGCGAUACCUACGAUCAAAUAUCUAGAACUGUAUAUGCGUGAAUAUGAGAACAUUGAUAAUACAUACUUGUUUUAUGACAACAUGUGUAACUUGGAAAGAUUGAAACUAUGGAAUUGUGAUAUGGACCAACUAACUCCAGAUGCCAAACUAGGGCUGGCAGUGUUUAAUUCUAUAUCCAAGGGAGUUGAUGCCCUUCACAUAAAGGUAUGCAAAUUGAAUUUUUAACCUAGAAUUGCGUUUCUUAAGAAAAAGGAUCUUAUUUAUUUAGAACCAUGUCAGAGACAAAUGCAGAAAAGAUUAUCCUGUUAUAAUUGAUAAUUUGAGGAAGACUUUUCCUCACCCCAAUACUGAGUCUGCAGAGCAGACAUUUGUCUGGCUUGGAAAAUUAAAAAAAUUUUGAAUUCAAUGAGCAAAAGAAAACACCAUUUCUUCCUCCAUUGUCUUAUAAAGGAUUGACAUAGAUAUACUUAGUGGUGUUAUGCCAAUAACAUAAAGCCUAACCUCCCCCAAGUCAAUAGAGACAAACUAAUGAUCUCACCGUUGGAUUAAUCUAAUAUUAUUUGUAAAUAUGUCAAAAUAUUAACAAUUUUUUUAAAUGAUAUGACCGUUAGAUAUGUGUAUUAUAAUUUUUAGAUAACCUAUAAUUAGAUAAAUUAUGUGUGUAUACUACUAAUAAAUC